AUGACAAAAUAUCGACUUCAUUAUUUCAAUGCUCGUGGAUACGCAGAGGCUUCGAGAGCAGUGAGUUUGAGAAUUGCGGUGUUUUGCAGUUCUGUUGAUUAACGAAAGUUUUCAUUCAUCAUUUACCAGCUUUUCCACCUAGCCGAUGUUGAAUUCGAAGAUGUUCGCUAUGAAUUCGUUGACUGGGCUGACGAGAAGAAAAAUAUUCCCGGCUUCAUGCCCUUUGGAAAAAUGCCAGUCCUCGAAGUUAUCAUUGAGGAAAAAACUCAAAAAAUCCCACAAUCCUUCGCCGUCGCCAGAUAUCUUGCCAAAAAAUUUGGCUACGCUGGAAAAACAGCCGAAGAAGAGGCGAUGGCUGAUGCAUUUGGAGAUUUGUUCAAGGAUUUUUUGAGCGAAAUGAAACCAUGGGGUUUGGUCGCAUUUGGAUAUGGUAUUGAAGGAGAUCGAGAGGCUUUGAAGCAAUCUUGUUUGUUGCCAGCGCGUAAAAAGUUUUUUGAAUGCAUGGAAAAAUCUCUUAAAGACAGUGAGAGUGGUGGGUUAUUUUUUGAAUUUUUCCAAAUUGUGUUUUUUAAAAAUGUGACAUCACUGAUAAUGUUUCUUAUCUUUUUUUCAGGUUUCCUUAUUUCAAGCGGUAUUACUUGGCCAGAUUUAUUUAUUUUUGAAACCUUCACAUCGAUUCUAAACUUUGAACCAGAUUUUAUUGGCUCAGAUUAUCCAUUAGUUGCAAAACUCUUCGAAAACGUUUCAAAUUAUCCAAAACUGAAAGAAUACUAUGAAACACGUCCUUUAUUAUUAAAAUAG